AUGAACUCCCGCCCGGCCGCCCGAAACCCGGAAGUGAGUAGGUGCGACCACGUGACUGAGAAACUGAAAAUUUCACAUCAUAUCACAUGCACUACAGAUCAUGUGAUUUAUCUUAUUACCUGUCCUUGCGGGUUAUCCUAUGUAGGGAAGACGGAUCUCACUCUUCGUGAUCGCAUCCGAGGCCAUAGAUCUGGCAUCAUGACAGCCUUUAGAGAUUUAAAAACGGACAAACCAGUAGCCAAACAUUAUCUGGCGGCUUCACACAGACUUCCCACACUGAAAUUCAUGGCUAUAGAUCAUGUCCCCCCUUUACCUCGAGGGGGUGACAGAUCUAGAACAUUGCUCCAAAGGGAAGCAUAUUGGAUUUUUUCUCUGGAUACAGUUACUCCCAGAGGUUUGAAUGAAUAUAAUACGUAUUCGAUGUUCUUAUGAAUUGGACAUGAUUACUUGGAUUUAGAUAUGAUUUAUUCUGAUCUGCAGGUUAUUUAAUCAAACAACGUUAUAUGGUUUGGUUAUUGAAUCUGAUAUAUUGGCAAUUAUUGCAUGUUAUACUUGUGCACGUUAGUAGUAGAUACUAUAUCUCCGAUGUUGCUUAUGUAUUUAUUUGGAGGAUAGAUGUAUCAAAUGUUUAGUCUGGGUACAAUAUAGAUUUCCAAAAUACAUUUUUAGUCCCUUAUUAUAACAGGUUGCUCUAUUGUUAAAGAAUAUGGAUAAUAUUGCCAUAUAAGCUACUCACUAAUGUUUAAGGCUAGAUUCUGCUAUAAAUUUAGUAGUAAUAACAGCACUAAUUUUAUGGUAAUUUUCUGCAUAAUGUGUUUUUUAGUAACAUAAAUAGACAUUCAGCUUGCUCUAUAAUAGUGGUUGUGUAUAGAUUUUCACAUAAUUAUUUCAUUGUGCUAUGAGAUUGAAUAUUUGUUCUGACAGUUUAUAUUUCCAGAGUUAUUUGGCAUUAGGUUUAUUUUUGAUUAACAUAAAUUUGCACAUUAGUAGCACUUGCUGUAUCAUCUGUAUACAGUUUAGCUGGUGUAUGCUGUCAGUCUAUAGUCUCAGAUGGCCAUAUUGUAUAUAUUCCUCUUCAUGGUAUUGUUUAUAAACUUUUGGGUGUCCUUUUGGUUUAGGACUUAUUUUAAAUUCACUGGGCACUUGGCACACAAUUUGAUGUUCUCUCUUCGAGCUGUCUUUGAGCUCGUAGUAAAAUAAAUAAUCACGAAGGAUUUGUUUACGUUGCUUAGCAACGACACUUGCGACACGCGUCAUCACGCUCAGUCACGUGGUCGCACCUACUCACUUCCGGGUUUCGGGCGGCCGGGCGGGAGUUCAUCUCCACACACCUGUUGGGUAAGUGAUUAUUUCAUUUAUCUACCUAUAUAUAUAUGUUCAUUUCACUGUUAUAUUGAUCUUGAAAAAGACCCUUUAGGGGUCGAAACGUUGAUUGAAGAUUACGAAUGUAAUGCACAACUUAGAAUAAAAUCACUGAUGGAAGAAGUCCUGUGAGUGCACCUUUUUUCUAUGAAAAAUAUAUAUAUUCACGCUGAGGUUUGCACCCAGGCAAAGAUAUCAAGGAAAAAAGAAAAAAGUUUUUAAUGGGUGAGUGCCAAGAGUAUUUUUAUAUAUAUAUAUACACACACACACACACACACUAAAAUUGAUAUCACAAGUCCAUACGUUAACAAAAAAAACCCAUGUCUUACAUUAAAAUGCAGGACGUAUCUCAGAAGGUGAUUGCCCAUUUAAAUUGUCAGCCAAUCCAGGUGGGAAAUGUAUGUACGGGCUGUGUGACCCAUUCAUAACAUUUAACAAUGCAAGAAGGUCGUCCUGUUCCUGUAUUAAAUCUAAUAUCUGUCACACCCUGUGUUCUAACUAAAUACUAAAAUUAAAGAUCACAGUUUAUUCCAAAACUUUAUUAGGGCCCAAACGCUUUUCAUGGCAAAGCUGUUUUUAUAAGUAGACUAUUAAUUUUCCGUAAAGAAAAACCUUUUAUUUGUGACACUUUUUUUUUUGCAUUAGACAGAGACAUCUGGGAUUCGUGAAAUAUAGCACUCCUUUAUGUAUUACUGAACACAAUAUUGUAUCAAGCACAAACACUGCACAUUAUGUCUCUCUCUGUCUCUCCCAAACCUUUCUGAACUACACAUUCAGAAUCUUGCAAACCUACUCUUGCUCGUCUGUAUAACUCAAAUCCUCAGACCCAACCAGAGAUCUUCAUAUUGAUGAACAUCUCUCUAGGACUGUGUAAUCUUAGACGUAACUUCCAGCUAUUGUAAAACUACAUCAAAGCAUCAUGGGAGGUGUAGUUUUACACCAGAUCGGGGCAUUCAUGUUGAUCAUGUCCCAUGUUGAAAUUAUUUAUGAAAUCACACACAUUUGUAAUUAUUUACAAUGAUUGUAUUUGUUAUGCCAUUAAUGAAUAUUGAUUAUUUGUAUGCACAGUAGAAUACUUUCUACUUCUGUCCAUAUUAUUGCUAGCAGUAAACUGACUUCAUUAAAAGAACUGUAGUAUUGUGUCUGUUAUUUGAGUUGUUUAUUUUUUUUUAUUUGAUAUAUAAAUGAUGAAAGUGAUAAAUUAGUGAGUAUUUAAAUGGGUUAAGUGGAGUAUCCAUAGUAGCACUAAAUUAAUGGGAAUGUAGGUUUAGAAUUAUUGAGCAUUUGUACAAGGAUUAUUGAGGUCAUUGUAACAUUUCAUUCCACAUACACCGGGGAGGACAAUGGGCAUUGGACACACUCUGGAGAAUGGCCAAUGGUAGAUGCUUGGAGAAGGUGGCCCGUGAUCUGAUGUUUACAUAGAUAUAUAAAUAAUAUAACGUAUUCCACAUACACCGGGGAGGACAAUGGGCAGUGGACACACUCUGGAGAAUGGCCAAUGGUAGAUGCUUGGAGAAGGUGGCCCGUGAUCUGAUGUUUACAUAGAUAUAUAAAUAAUGUAACAUUGUAUUCCACAUACACCGGGGAGGACAAUGGGCAUUGGACACACUCUGGAGAAUGCCCAAUGGUAGAUGCUUGGAGAAGGUGGCCCGUGAUCUGAUGUUUACAUAGAUAUAUAAAUAAUAUAACGUAUUCCACAUACACCGGGGAGGACAAUGGGCAGUGGACAAACUCUGGAGAACGACCAAUGGUAGAUGCCUGGAGAAGGUGGCCCGUGAUCUGAUGUUUACACAUAGAUAUAUAAAUAGAAUUAAUUGUCCUUCAUCAUCUCAAUAUCACCAGUUUUCUCUGAUAAGUGGAUUCACGAUGUGGGUUCCUGUGUUUUUCGUGUUUAUUCUUUUUUUGUCUGUCUGCAAUAUAAAGGGAAAUCAACUAAUAAAGGAUAACAAAGACCAAAAAAAAUAUCAAUCACCAUUUCUGUAACUAAUGGUGGAGGUGCUGGGAUAUGGGGACCCCUAGACGUUUGUCCAAAAAAUACCAGUGCCAGGGGGAUCUCUGUAAAGGUAUAGUAUAUACAUAUUAUUUUUUACUUUUUAAAUUUAUGGCAUUUUUAGAGGUCAGCAUAGUAGGGUAUUAAUUCUAUGUUUUAUUGAAUGAAGAUUAAAUAUGAUUAUACAAAUUUUAUUACAAUGUAUUACACAAUACUAUACUGGGUGUUAGCUAAUUUUACCUGAAAAGUAUAUCUUUGGUUGAUAAUACAGAGUUAGGAAGCCUGUUCUGGGACUUCUUAAAACAUACGUGUCUUAUUAACUCAAGUCAAAGCUGUUCCAAGUAAAGAAAAGAAAAAAAUAUUAAACAUUUUUAACACUUUUAAUUUUAACCUCUAAUCUAACAUUAGAAUAUUCACCUGUAUUCUUCUCUGAAUGCAGGUAGAGAAAUAUCAGUAUAUAGGAGAUGAUACGGCACUAAAUGGCAUCAGAAUCUACUGCGAGAGGAAAGACGGCACUUCUGGUAAUAACCCAAGACAAUCAGCAAAUGGAAGGUUAGAGAAACUGUCUCAUUGGGUGGAUUUUAAUUUUUGAAAACGCUUACUCUAGAUUCCACGUGCCGCAACUUGCAUGAAAAUAGUAUUAAGCUUCUUUGUUUUAUUGGGCAUAGAUUUGAGGAAGGUGUCGUAGAAAAUGUUUUUGUCAGAACUGCAUGGUGUCAGAAUGAGGGACCAUCUUUUUGGUGCAAUUGUAUGUACGCCUUGAUUAUUAGCACACAUCAGAAUAUUGCGUGUAGUUAAAACAUCUUAAUUUGGUAUCAUUACUGCCCUACCAUAUCCCUAAAAUUAUUAUUACUAAGGUUUUUGUUGUAAUGACCCUUAAUUUAAUAUUUUAGGGAUAGGGGUAAUUUUAAUGUUAAGGUUAUAUUUUCCUUAAUCCUAAUCUACCACGCCCAACAAAGGUUACCCUAAACUAGCACCUGCUCCUUCUAUAAUUCUGCAUUUUUAAAUAGAAUGUAUAUCCUGGCUUCCUAUGCUUAACUCUUGUCUCUUAAAUAUUUCCUCCUAACCCUAACUUUGAAUUCUUAAAUAGAUUAUUACAAGCUUAGAAUCGCGAUUCACCAUUCUAAAUUUUUAGAUUUCUUCCUAAUUCUAGCUUGACGGUACUCAGAAGCAAGCACACACUAACUGUAAAUUUACAUUUGGUGCUAAGAGGAGAGACAUUAUAAAAAUGAAAAUCCAGCGCACUCACCUAUCCACUAAACAGCAACUUCGGUGCUUUGAAAGUUUGUUCGUUUUUAAAAAACACCUUAAAAACACCUAAUCUAGGCAAAAAAUAAUGGGGGUCUAGUUACAUUAUAUGACCAUACAUUGCAUAAGCCUGCCACAAUGUCAGUGUACCACAGCUUUGGCAGGUCCUACUCUAACAGCCUAAUGUCUGCUUCAUGAGCUACUUACUUGGGGGAAAAUUCCAUCUGAGGCUCCCUGCAGUACAAGGCUAAAUAGGGCACUGGGAUGAAGCACCUGUGACUAACACAAUCUGUCAGCACCGAAGUUUCUGUUUAGUGGAUAAGGGUGUGCGCUGGAUUUUCUUUUUUAUUGUAUAAAUUGGCUCCCAGCAGCACCCUAUUUAUACAUGUUAAGGUGAGUGCAGCCAGCCUCCUGUUUUCUCAUAUAUAUAUUUGGGAGUUUAGCCAACUCCUUGGUUUUGCACCAUGGGCAUCCAUGGGGGGUGGGGGGAACGCAAGUGUGGGUACUUGCCCCCCCGGGUAUUUCAGCUUGUUCUGCUAUUUUUCGUGUGAUUGAAGUAAGAGAAGGAGCAGAAAGGAGAAGGAACAGAAAAGAGCAGGAAGGGACAUCAAGGAGCUGGAAGGGACAGCAAGGAGCAGGAACAUAAAGCAGCACAAAGGUAAAGUAGAAGGAGCAGAAAGGAUCAGCAAUGAGCCGAAAAUGGCAGCAAGGAGCAGGAAGGGUCUGCAAGGGGCAGCAAGGAGUAGGAAGGGUCUGCAAGGAGAGGGAAGGGUCUGCAAAGAGCAGAAAGGGACAGAAGGAGCACAAAGGUAAAGGAGCAGAAAGAAUCAGAAGGAGCACAAAGGUAAAGUAGGAGAAGGAGCAGAAAGGGAUCAGAAAGAGAAAGGAGCAGAAGGGGGGGGAACAAUAAGCAGAAAGUAGCAGAAAGGUAAAGGAGCAGAAGGAGCAAAGGAGGAGAGAAGACAGUGUCAGAAGAAAAAGAAGACCGUGUCAAAUGAAGGAGAAGAAAAGGAGAUUGGAGCAGGAAGAACAAGUGAAGUGAACCCUCCACUUUAUUCUGGACACCACAUCAUAAGGCUUUGGAACCAGACAGGGAAACUUUGGACCUUCUCAUAUCCCCAGGUAAAAAAACAAUAUCAGUGUUAAUGUGUUCACUUUUAUUUACUGAGUGCCAGGAAGCACAGAGUGCCGCUGGGGAGGGGUGUCGCUGAUUGGCUAGAGCGGUCAGCUGGCACUCUAAGUCAGUCAGUAGCUCCCCAUUCAUAAAAAAGUUAAACAUUUUUAUUAACCGGGAACUAGUGAUUGGCUUAGAGCGUCAACUGACCACUCUAGCCAAUCUGCAGCACCCAUGAGUGACGUCAAUCUGCACUUCCUGACACUCAGUUUCAGAAGCCGAAUACCACUGAGCGACCUGUAGAUCUGGAGCUGGAGGAAGCCUUUGGGGGUUAACCAUUUGAGAGCAAUUUAACCCCUUAAAGGAAAGAGAGCACCCAGGGGCUUCCUGGCAUCAUAGCAUUUUAAUUUAGAUGAAGUUGUUAUGGUGACCAGAAUGUUUCUUUAAUUUGCUUAAAGGAACACUAUAGUGUCAGGCAUACAAACAUGUAUUCCUGACACCAUAGUUGUGAAAAUGCUAUUCACCCUGGCUUUAUGUGAUAAUGACUAUGCUCCUCUCCUUCAUGACACUGUCAAAAAGGGAUCAAGCAUGGAUGUCAUUACAAUUGUGCCCUCUCUGGAAAAAUUCCUGCGGACGCCCAUGUUUUGCACCCCUCCCUGUCACAGGUGCCUCAUCUCAGGACCCUAUUUAGCCUUGUACCGCAGAGAACUCGAGAUGGAAGGAUUUCCCCAAGUAAGUAGCUAAUGUAGCAUACAUUUGGCUGUUAGAGUAGGACCUGCCAAAGAUGGGGUAAAGAGAAGAUACAGGAAACAUGAUAAAAUGUUGGUGAAGAACCGCACUGUUUUAAUGCACAAUUAGUCUUAGAGUAGGACCUGCCAAAGAUGGGGUACAUUGAUGUUGUGACAGGCUUAUGCAAUGUAUGAUGAUAUAAUGUAACUAAACCCCCAUUAUUUUUUAUUAUUUAAAAAACGAACAAAAUCUGUCAGCACCAAAGUUGCUGUUUAGUGGAUAAGGGAGUGCGCUGGAUUUUUUUUAUUGUAUAAAUUGGCUCCCAGCAGCACCAUAUUUAUGCAUGUUCAGGUGUAGCCAGCCCCCUGUAUAUAUUUGGGAGUCUAGCCAACUCCUUGGUUUUGCACCCCUCCCUGUCACAGGUGCUUCAUCCCAGGGCCCUAUUUAGCCUUGUACUGCAGAGAACUCGAGGUGGAAUUUUUCCCCCAAGUAAGUAGCUCAUGAAGCUGCAAUAUAUCUUUAUAAUUAGGUCUUUUAUAACUGUUUUAGUCAUUCAUUUCUCAGGUUAGAGAGGCUAAGGAAUGAGGAUUUUAAAAUUGCAGCCCAACUCUAACCUGUUAUUGUCUUCUACAGCUGGGGAGAAUGGGAAUCCAUCCAUUGGUGUCUACGGGGUUUCAUAGUGGCAUUUACUCUAAGAAUUGAAGAAUACAAAACUGUGGGUGAUAACACAGCGGCGAACAACAUCAAUGUUAUGUGUUCGGAAGGAGAGUAUUUGGAAGGAGAAGGGAUGAUAUGGGGCUCUUAUGGUGCAUGGAGUAAUCGUUGUCACAAUGGAAUCUGCGGGAUACAGACCAGGGUUCAGGAAAAUCAAGGUCUUUUAGCUGAUGAUACAGCUCUGAAUGACGUCCGCUUUUUAUGUUGCUAA